CAUUUGUUUAUUGAAAUCAAUAUCUUAUUUUGCAGGAGUCUGUAGGACCAUCCAUUGAAGAAAAUGAACUAAACAGAGGACAGAAUACACCAGAAGAUGAAAUUGCAUUGUCUGAUCUCUUGAAUUUAGAAAUAACAUGGCCAGCUAAGCCUGAGUCAGAAAAAAACGAGCAUAGUCUUACAAACAGUGCACAACUGCAGAGCAAAAGUUCUUUAAACUUGGCUGGAGUUGACUUGGAUAACUUUUUCACUGAAUCAAAGAGGGACUUUGUUUCUAAUGCAUUGGAAGAACAGCCAGAAAUUAACAAGCAGAGUGAGAAUGUAGAUAUGAAUGCAUUUGCCAGCCAAGAAAAUUUUAGCUUAUUUCAGAACGUUCAGCAUUCCGAGACACCAGUCAGCGCUUCUGAAGUAAAGCAUGAUGACGGGUUCUCUGGUUGGAAGGCUGAUUUUCAGUCUGCUGAUUCUGGAAAUCAGCACGAGGGCACAAGAUCAUUUGACCCUUAUGUAGGAUCUACAGUUGAUCUUUCUGCUCACAUGGAUUCUGUCUUUGGACCUGGAAAAGACGUAGCAGAUGAAAAACCAGCCUCAAACCCUUCAGCUUUAGGAACUUAUGAUUGGAUUCAAGGUGAGCUGUGGAAUAAUUCUGACUUCUUGGCAUCUCCCCAGGCUGACAAGGUUGAUGAAACCAUCAAAAGUAAGGACAACAUAACAGCAGAUAAUUUGUACAAUAAUUCUUCUACAAGUUUUGAUUGGUUUCCAGAUGAUCAAUGCCUAACCAGUAGCAUGAUUGAGCCCGACAAUAAGACAAUCAGUGAUGAUGAUUGUGAAAUAAAUUGAAAGAGAGU